AUGUCCAACAUCACCGAUGCCAACUGCACCCUCGACCUCUGCCCCAUCGAGUACUCCGUCUACCGCUACCGCCCCAGCCUAGCCGCCAACAUCGCUUUUGCCGCCAUCUACGCCAUUGCCCUCGCCAUCCAUGCCUACCUCGGCUUCCGCUGGCGCCAGGUCUGGUUCGCCUCCUGCAUGGUCAUCGGCUGCCUCGUCGAGAUCAUAGGCUAUGUCGGCCGCAUCCUGAUGCACGGCAACCCCUUCAUGUUUGCCGGCUUCAUGACCCAGAUUGUCUUCAUCACAUCCGGUCCCAUCUUCUACACCGCCGCAAUCUACAUCACCCUCUCCAAAGCCAUCUCCAACUUCUCCCCUGACCUCGCCCGCAUCCGCCCCUCCCUCUACUACUGGAUCUUCAUCCCCGCCGACGUCGUCUGCCUCAUCCUGCAAGCCGCCGGCGGCGCCCUCUCCACCAUCUCCUCCGGCUCCAACCAGACCGGCAUCGACCUCGCUUUCGCCGGCCUCAUCCUCCAAGUCGUCGUCAUCGCCACCUUUUGCUUCCUCUUCGCCGACCACAUGAUUCGCUCCUACCGCCGCGGCCGCGCCUUCGCCGCUGCCGCUGCCACUUCCGACUCCGAGUACCCCGCUGCCGCCCCCGACUCCUCUUCUGCCGAGCCCGAGCCGUGGCGCAUGAACGCCUUCCUCGGCGGCCUCGCCUCUGCCAUCCUACUCAUCCUCGCCCGUUGUGUCUUCCGCUGCUACGAACUACGAGAGGGCUACUCUGGCUCUACCAUGUCCGAGGAGGGCCUCUUUAUCGGUCUCGAAGGUGUCCUCAUUGUCGUCGCCGUUGCCGCUUUGGGCUUUGGCCACCCGGGUCUUGUGUUCGAUAGGAAGAAUCGCUCUGUCAAUGGCCGCCCCGUAGAGAAGCUUGGCGUCGCUAUUUAG